AUGAGAAUCGGUAGACUGCGGGAAUUGACGCCGUUCGUAAAGGAAGCACUGCAGAAAACCGCACGGGUGGCACAGUUCCUAUGCCUCCUCCACUUUACGGGCGCCUACCUCUGUUCACCAGCCAUGACUGUGGGCCCCAGUAUGCUGCCGACGUUCAGAGACGGCAACAUCAUCUUGACGGAGAAAUUAACGAGCCGUUCUGGGAAAGUCGGGUCGGGCGACGCGGUGCUUGUCCGGAGCCCCGAGGAUCCGACGAAGGUUAUGACCAAGCGGGUCAAGGCCGUCGAGGGGGACGUGAUUUCGUACGCGCCGGACCCUAAAAACAGUGAUGACCAGAAGACUGCUGUUGUGCCAAAGGGACAUGUUUGGAUCGAGGGGGAUAAUAUGCUGAAUAGCCGUGAUUCGAGACAUUUUGGUCCUGUCCCGUAUGCACUUAUACACUCCAAAGUGUUCCUUGUGGUUUGGCCUCCUAAGGAUUUCAGAUCAGUUGGCAAAAAUGCUUUGUGA